UGCAAUUCACUAUAUACAAUUAAACAAAAAUUUUGGAUUACAUAUUCUUCAUUUUUCUAAUUUUAUUAUUAUUAUUAUUAUUAUUAUUAUUAUUAUUAUUUAUUUAUUUAUUUGUUAUUCCAAAAGAAGGUCAGAAUUGAUGAUGAAGUUGGGAUAAGAUAGAAGAAAACCUCAACUUUUUUGUUGCAGAAUAAACCCUAGCUUCUUAAUUUUAGUUUACAAGCUCAAAAUUCAUACCAAAAUUAAUAAAUAACCUAUAAAUGGGAGAAGCAAAUAUUAAUAAUAAUCAUAAUAGUAAUACUAAUAAUGAUAAUUUUAUAAGAAAAGAGGCAAUAAGUGGGGGUUAUGUUGAUGGGUUUUCUUCUAAUCGUGCUUCCUGGCGAUCUCGGAAAAACCCAGCAAGCUCAAUGAAUGUGCGCAAGCCAAGAGAUGAACGAAUGUUUGAAUCACCAACAAAACAGGGAAUUCCCGGAGCAGAAGAGGAGAAGACAUUGGACUCAACUCCCCCAGCUGCUGUUCUCUCAGAACGAAGAAAGGCUCUUUUUGAACCACUAGAACCCAUUGAUAAUAUCUCAAGGAAACGACCCUCAAAUGAGAGCUUACUUCCUCCUCCAGAUUUCGACUCAACAACGUAUCCUAAGGGCUGGUUGAUAGGUAAGAAGCGUAAGCUGGUAAAUGUUGACGUUGUCGAGAGCAUGAGGAGGAUUGCCGUUCAAGAAAUGAACCGCAAGGAUCGUGAAAUUGAUGGGUUAGCUGAGCAACUGGACGAAGAUUCUCGAGUUCUAGAACAUCUACAAAUGCAGCUUCUAGAAGAAAAACGAAAGCGGGCUGAUGUCGAAAGGGAAAAUACAAUGCUGCAGGAUCAAAUCAACAUGUUGAUGAACAUGUUGCAGGAAAAUGAAGCUGCUGAGGAGGAAAAUACAGAUGAGCCUUAGUAAGUUCUAAAUAAUGGAGUAUUAGUAUUAAUUCUUUUGUAUAGGUUUGUCUACUGUGGAAACUUCUAGAAGGUUAGUGGUAUAAUGCAAGUCAGUUGUAUGAACUUAAGUAUCAUUGCUUGGUUUGGUCGUUGUGAUGAAUUUACGUACUUGUUCGAUGUAUAUGUACGUUUAGUCGUCCGGAUGGCAAAAUUAGGCGAGUGUAUGCUUAGACACGAGAACGAGUCUAGGAGCUUGAAUAAACAGAUAGUGUAUAUAAUCUGUUUGGUGUUAUGCUUGAAUUUGGAGAUGAUGUUUAAUAAUCAUCUGUAAUUACACUGUUAUAAUAAUAAUGAAAUGCUUGAUUGUGAACCCAUAAAUAAA